UCAGGGCACACGGACGCUCGCGCUCUCGUACUGCUUCGCAGAUAUAAAGCAGGAAGUGAAGUUGGUUUAGACGUUUUGGAGAUAACAAAUCCGGCGACCCAACAGUCUGAGGCAACAAGCGGGGCUACCGGCUAGGCAACAGAAUGCCAAAGUCUAAACGGAACAGAGCAGUUACACUGUCAAAGACAAAGAAGAAGGGAAAGGAGCAGAAGGAAUCGCUUGUAAAUGCUGUCAGGGAAGCUGUGGAGCUCUACGGCUCAAUUUAUGUUUUUUCCUUUGAGAACAUGAGAAAUCUGAAGUUCAAAGAGUUCAGGGACCAACUCAAAUCUUCAAGCAGAUUUUUUCUUGGGUCGAACAAAGUCAUGCAAGUUGCUUUGGGUCGAUCAGUUGGAGAUGAGUUAAAGCCAGGCAUCCGCAAAGUCUCCAAGCUCUUGCAUGGAAAUACUGGGCUUUUUCUCACUAAUUUGCCGAAAGAAGACGUUUUGAGAUUAUUCAAUGCAUUCGAGGAAUAUGAUUUUGCAAGGACAGGAAGCAAUGCAGCAGAGAAGGUGGAGCUUAAGGAAGGUCCUCUGGUGGAGUUCACCCAUGAGAUGGAGCCCUUCCUGCGCAAGCAAGGGAUGCCUGUCCGGUUGAACAAAGGUGUAGUGGAGCUUGUUUCAGACUUUGUUGUUUGUGAAGAGGGAAAGCCACUGUCACCUGAGUCAGCUCGGAUACUGCGUCUGUUGGGGAUCAAGAUGGCUACCUUCCGACUUAAUUUGAUAUGCAGAUGGAGUGCCGAGGAUUUUGAACUCUAUGCAGGAGGAGAGGAUGAUUCUGAUGUUGAAUCUUCCUAGAGGAUUUUGUUUGAGAUGCAAAUUUUGUUUUGUUCUGUUUUAUGGCGGGCGACGGGACUCAAAUUCAUAUAUUUAGGGUUCAUGUAAUUUGAUUGCUAUCAGCAUGCAAGGUUCGGCUGUAACGCCCAUGGGUAGUCUAUUAAAUAUUUAUUAGAGUGCAUUGGGCCUUAA